UCGCUGUCGCAGCAACACGAUGGGAAACGCUGGCUCAUCUUCCGCGCCCACGUUCAAUGCCGACGCGCCCGUGAGGCUCAGCCAGUCCGUGAUUAACGCUCUGCAGGACAGCCCGGAGUCCGACUCAACCCGUGCGCAGCAGCGUGAACUGGUCGCUCAGUCGCGCGUCAACGCAGAUCUCCAGAAAAUCCGCGAUUCGCAGGCUCAGAAACUCGACGAGCUCGCAACUUCAAUCACCACCGAACAGCCCGCACAAGACUCUACCGAAGACUCGUCCAGCAAACCAAGCGGCCUAUUCGCACACCUCAGCUCCCCGUUCUACCACGACUGGACGCCCAAAGACGCUCAGCCCGCCUCGGAGCCCUCGAACCGCUCGCACGACAGUGUCAGCAAGGAAAUCAUGGAUCUGCGCCAGAAACUCGAGCAGCGCAAGAAGGUGGAGAAGGUGCCGGCAGAGGUAGAGAAGGCAAAGGAGGGCUUGGUACAAUGUCUGCGGCACAACGAUCGCAGGCCGCUGGACUGCUGGCAAGAAGUGGAGGCCUUCAGACGUGAGGUUGGGAAGCUGGAACAGGCCUUCAUUCACAAGGCUGGAAGAUGAGACGGUUUCACUCCACUGUACAGUUUGCGGAUGUAGAGCACGCGAAGUGGUUAGAUGCGCUGAGACGCAGCGCACCUAUUCCCUAUCCCAGCCAUCAUGGCACGCGAAGGUCGACCGUCCAGCAACGCCGGCCAUCUCGAAGGAUCGACAAAACUCGAGCUCGUGGUUGUCAGCCGAUCAUCUAUGCUCAAGCGAGAGCUGACAGCAGCCUCGUGCCAGUACAAAGACUUUGUCCAUUGCUAUUACCAUUACUAUGCUCUUGCCAAUCACCG